CUACCGAACGCCGAGCGGUUCUGGUGGGAUAUAACUCCUGAGGAGCUGUAUCCAGAGGAUAGCAGGGCGGUACCGGCGCUACUCAAAGAGCUGGCCACCGAGCCUAUCGACGAAGUUGUUCAAAAGGAAGGCGGCACACAGCUGAAGCUGAUCCUCACCAUGAGGAACGAGGCGGCGGCACUUGUCAAGCCCAUGAGGUUUCCACGCGAGCAAGAAACGUUGCCAAACCAUUUCUAUUUUUCCGACUACGAGAGGCACAACGCCGAGAUCGCCGCCCAUCACCUGGACAGGAUUCUGGGGUUCCGUCGCGCGCCUCCUGUGAUCGGGCGUCUGAUGAAUAUUACCACCGAUCUGUACGCCAAGGCCACGGGCAAGCUGCUCAAGACGUUCUUCAUCUCACCCGCGGAUAACCUGUGCUUCCACGGCAAAUGCAGUUACUACUGUGACACGGGUCACGCGAUCUGCGGGAACCCGGACAUGCUCGAGGGCAGCUUCGCCGCGCUGCUGCCACACUCUGACGACGCCGAACGAAAGACGUGGAGACACCCGUGGAAGAGGGCCUACCACAAGCGCCGGAAAGCAACGUGGGAGGAGGACGAGAAUUACUGUGAAAUGGUGCAAGAGAUCCCUCCGUACGACAAGGGACGACGUCUGUACGACAUUAUGGACAUGGCCGUGCUGGACUUCCUGAUGGGAAACAUGGACAGACACCACUACGAGACGUUCGAGAUCUUCGGGAACGAGACGUUCCUGCUGCAUCUCGAUCAUGGCAGAGGGUUCGGGAAGUCACAGAAGGACGAGCUGAGCAUCCUGGCGCCGCUCUACCAGUGCUGCCUCAUCAGGGCGUCAACGCUGCGGACGCUCUACGGGUACCACACGGGCCGUAAGCUGUCGGACCGACUACGAGAGUCACUGUCACGUGACCCACUAGCGCCCAUUCUAUUGGAGAAGCAUCUGGUGGCAGUGGAUAGGAGAGUUGGCAUAAUACUGCAGGUGGUGCAGAAGUGUCUGGACGCCAACGACGUAGCCGAUACGGUCAUCUAUAACGACUUGCUAGUCUGAAGUCAUCAUUAAGUCGAAUAAGAGAGUCCUUAGGAGUUUGGUUGGGCCUUGGACGGUCCUCAGGCAGGACCU